CCAACCAUGAACCUCCUAACAGUUUUUGUGUUUGUACACCUAGCACGGUGCUUCGAUGUGGUGCCUCUUCUCGUGGCAUCCCAUAGGCUCGUGCCAGGCCUCAAGAACGAGCUUGCAGCCACCAACACGGGCCACCGCCACAACGGGGCCGAGGUCACAAACAUGCUCAAGAAGCUUGUGACCCAGUGCAGCUCCGACGAAUACAUCAUUUUGGACAUCCCCGGUGUCAACUACCGCGACUUGAACGACGCCGCCGCCAGCAACUGGCCGUUCCUCACGCGGUACCUCAGCAUGUCGUCGACGGUGGUGGGACUUCUGUUUGUAAACGAUUACAUUGAUUUGGACUACCUCCAACAGUACAUCUCCACCACCUGCGAAGCCGAGGUGAUGGUCGCCAACGUGGAGGACGAUAAUAGCAUCAACUACAUCGACGCCAAACCGCGGGUGAUUAAUAUCCGGUUCGACGAGUUGCCCACUGAUGAGGAUGAACGUCGGGCUCGAAUUGUUGCCAACGAUGAUUUUAUACGUCGAAUCAUCAGAAAACUCCCGUCGCCCCACUACACGAUUGUGCUCACGUCGAGCAAGCGGCUGCAAAUCCAUCCGGUCCCGCCGGUGGCGAUGGACGAGAAUCCGCUGAUGUUUGGGUUGUUUAAUACCAUCACCAACAGUCCGCACCGCCAGGCCGAGGUGGAAUUUAAUGAUAUGUAUAAGUCGGUGGAGCCCGUGUGGUACCAGGACCGUAACACGAACCACCGGUACCUUGAGAACCGGAAGAAGGAUGUGGUGCAGUUUUUAGACUACGAGUUAUGGACGAAAAAUGAGCAGUUGGUGAUGACGUUGUUGGUGAUGAUGGUGACAGUGGGGAUGAUUCGGGUGAAGCAGUUGUUUGGGUGGGUGUUUGGGAAGCAGAAGUCGGAGUAGUUGUGUCUCACAAAUGUAGUUGUGUCUCACAAAUGUAGUUGUGUCUCACAAAUGUAGUUGUGUCUCACAGCAUCUCACUAUCUGCUCUCAUUAUAUAGAUAAAGAUAUGUUCGCACUUUUC